UCAAGAAUUUCUGGAGUCUAUAUAAGCAACGCCUGGAAUGGCACAAGUAACGCCACACAAGGACUCUCCGGGAACAACUGCGAGGAAAAGUUUGCCCAUAACUUAAAACUAAUUUGCUCCAAGGAAGGGAGACGGCCGUAGGAGAUGGAGGAUCGGGCAAAUCAUGUCAACAUGCAGAUGGUGGAGCACAAGCGCACCAAUGGCCUGGCAGGGCCCAAGGUCAUCACCAUGGAGACUGGCAAGCCUCAGCGUGGUGCUGUUGUCAGCUUCCACGACAUCCAGUACAAAGUGGUACUCAAGAGUGGCCCCCUCUGUAAAAGGAAGACCACUACUAAGGAGAUACUGGUGGAUCUCAGUGGGAUCAUGAGACCUGGUUUAAAUGCUAUUUUAGGACCCACAGGAAGCGGGAAGUCUUCGUUCCUGGAUGUAUUGGCUGCCAGGAAGGACCCAGCUGGUCUCUUAGGAGAAGUGCUAAUAGAUGGAGCACCUCAGCCCCCCAACUUUAAGUGCCUGUCUGGCUAUGUGGUCCAGGAUGACGUGGUGAUGGGAACUCUGACCGUGAGGGAGAAUCUGUGCUUUUCGGCAGCGCUGCGUCUGCCCUCCUCAGUGGGCCAGAGAGAGAAGGAGGUGCGUGUCAACCACCUCAUCCAGGAGCUGGGCCUCAGCAAGGUGGCAGAUUCAAAGGUGGGCACCCAGCUGAUUCGGGGCAUAUCCGGUGGAGAGCGCAAGAGGACCAACAUCGGCAUGGAGCUGGUCAUUGACCCCUCGGUCCUGUUCCUUGAUGAGCCUACCACUGGCCUGGACGCCAGCACAGCCAACUCAGUCCUGCUGCUGCUUAAGAGGAUGGCUAGCCAUGGACGCACCAUCAUAAUGUCCAUCCACCAGCCGCGCUACUCCAUCUACCGCCUCUUUGACUCCCUCACUCUGCUGGUCAGUGGCAAACAGGUGUACCAUGGGCCAGCCCAGAAUGCACUGGACUACUUUGCCAAUAUAGGUUAUGCAUGCGAGGCCCAUAACAACCCAGCAGACUUCUUUCUGGAUAUCAUCAAUGGAGACUCCACAGCAACCAUCUUUAACUCUGGAGAAUUUAACUUUGAGGAGGGAAGCACUAGCCGGCAGAGUAUUGAGGACCGUUUGUUGGAAGAGUACCAGAACAGCAGCUACGCCCGCGAAACCAAGGCCGAACUGGAGCGCAUCACCCAGGGCAGAGACUACAGAAAUGUACACAUGGCCCGCACCGUUACCUACAAUAACUCAUUCUUCCAUCAGCUGAAGUGGGUGCUCAAAAGAACCUUCCAGAACCUCAUGUUAAACCCACAGAGCUCUGUGGCUCAGCUUGGUGUCACCAUUUUCCUCGCUCUCAUUGUGGGGGCUAUUUUCUUUGGUGUGAAGGAUGACCAGGGUGGUAUCCAGAACAGAUUCGGUGCAUUGUUUUUCAUCACAACCAACCAGUGCUUCAGUACACUAUCAGCUGCUGAGCUCUUCAUCACUGAGAGGAAACUCUUCAUUCACGAGUACACUAGCGGCUACUACAGAAUCUCGGUCUACUUUCUGUCCAAGAUUCUGUCAGACAUCCUCACUCUGCGCACAUUCCCAUCGGUCAUCUUCACAUGUGUGGUGUACUUCAUGAUUGGGUUCAAGCCCACUGCUGAGGCCUUCUUCAUCUUCAUGUUCACUGUGACCCUGGUGGCCUACACCGCCACAGCCAUGACCAUGGCCAUCUCCGCUGACCAGACCGUGGUGGCGGUCGCAAACAUCUUCAUGACCAUCAGCUUCGUCUUCAUGAUGAUAUUCUCUGGUCUGCUGGUGAGAUUGACUAGUAUCAUGGACUGGUUGUCCUGGCUGAAGUACUUCAGUAUUCCUCGCUAUGGCUUAACAGCUUUGGAGAUAAAUGAGUUUGUGGGUCUGGAAUUCUGCAAGAACCUCUCAGUCACCUCUCGCAUGAACAACUGCACUAUAAAUCCUAUGGAGCUAACUUGCACAGGUGAGCAGCACCUGAAGGCCCAGGGCAUUAAUUACUCCACAUGGGGCCUAUGGGAGAACCAUGUGGCUCUGGUAGUGAUGACCGUCAUCUUCCUCACCAUCUCCUAUGUGAAGCUGCGCUUCAUGAAGAAGUUCACAUGAUCACACGGAGGAUGCAGACGCUCCAGUAGUCACUCAAGCUGAGCUACUCUGCUGUUUUGGCCCAUCACACUGCACUAGAGAGAGGAAAUCAAACUGCCCAUGUGCUCAGCACGGAACACAAGGGGUGGGAGUUUACACACCAUUUGUUUUACUGCUUUUGUUCUGAAAUGUCUUCAUUUUCACUUUGAUAUGUAAUCUCAGUAUAUUUGUUACUUUAGGGUGUCCUAUUUAUCUUUACAAAUUAAUAUGCUUUUUGUUCUGGUUCUAUGCCAAAUGUUAGCAAAUUAUUUAAAAACAUUGAUCUGAAUAAUGUAUGUAUAUACAGCAAAUCA